AUGACCAACUCGCCGUCGUAUCUUCCCCACUGUGCGGCUCCGGCUGGACCAUCCGCAACACCCAACGAGCUCGAGUCGUGGUCAAAUUACGCGCGCCGUAUCUGCAGGAUAACCUUCGACAUCAUCGUCUUGAUAACGGACUCCUGCGCCGACGGCGCUGUCACGCUUGCGCGAUUGCGGGACGGCUUGGCUAGUGGUGGGCCGGGAACUACGAACAGCCGACUGCCAUCGAAUCUCCUGCCUACUCGCGUUAUUCCCAGCGAUGUUGCGCGCAAGGUCAAGGAAGGGUUCUCAGAUAUCUACGGCGGCUUGACCGACGGUGUCUUCAACGUAGACAUGUACAUAUCAGACAUUCCCUUUGAAUUGACACUCCCCAAGGAUGAGCAGCUCUUGAUGAGUCUUUGUUUGAAGAUAGAGACUUCCUAUCUGCUCGUUUACCUCGGCCAGCCGGAGCUUGAACUUUCAGAAAUCAUUGAUAUCUCAGCGCUCGUUCAAGCAAAGGCACAUCAGCAGUCUGAGCUUGGGCAUCCGACGCAAGGGCAGCACCGUGCACCACCCGAAGAACACCUUGGGAUACGGGGCGAAACUCUAACGCAGGUGGCCAGCCUCCUGUCUGAUCAUCUGCUCAGUAACGGAUACCAGAAAGACUUCGGCAUGAGUAUCCUAACGGCGCACCUCAUCACAACGCUAUAUGGGAAGGAACAUGAUUCAGCGCGGUCGGAUGGGCCUAGAGGGCGAUACGAGGAUUAUCAGAGCGAGCAUAACAGGUCGUGCGACUUCCCUGCGCCACUGAUAGAGUCCACGACUUGCAGCCGUCUUGGCAUUAGAGAUGGAGUCAUGGAGAAUAUGAAGGGCGCGGCAAGGAUUGCCAUUGUCGCCUUGAGUAUUGCUGCCCAGACGACUCAGAACGUACCGUAUCUAGGCGCGAUCUCCUUCGCUUUGACCGAGUUCAUCAAGAUUCAGGAUGAAGUCAAUCAGUGCAAGGACGAAUGCAGGGCGGCCAUAGCCGACGCACAAACUCUGAAAGCCAUCAUCGAUAACUUCCGCGAUAAGUGCUUCAGAUCAGGAAAGGAACAUGGCGUGCUGGAUGAGUCUCUUCAAGCGGCGUUUACAGAACUUGAAGGGAUCGUUCUGGAAUGCAUCAUCUACCUGCAGAAAUGUACAAUCGACUACAAACGCAAGCGGGAUCGCAUAUUCCUUUACUUCAAGCGCUCUGCGCUGGCGAAAUCCGUCAGGGACUGCUCUGCGAAGAUGGAUAAGGCACUACAGCGAUUCAACACAAUUCUUCAAGUUGAUCAGGUGGUCAUCCUCGAGGAUCUGCGACUCGCCGUGGACCGUCUGCGCGAGGAGCAGCCUCAGGAUGUCAUGCAGGCGGCUUCGUCCGGCUUACCGACCGAGUGGAGCCUUCGUGCCGCUCCUCCCAUAUUCUACGGUCGUGAGAGCGAAGUGGCUCAUGUCCUUGAUCUCAUAGAGCACCAGGCUCCGUCCCGUGUUGCUAUCGUGGGGUCUGGUGGUAUCGGCAAGACGUCUAUUGCUCUGACAGUGCUUCACCAUCCACAUGUCAAGGCGUUGUACGACGGGCGACGUUGCUUCGUGCCUUGCGAGGCAUUGACUACAGCCGACGGUGUUGUUCGUGCGCUCGCGGCAGCCAUACAUUUGCAGUUCGAAAGUAGCGUUACGCCUGAACAUGCUCAACACCGCCUGCUCUCAGAUCUGAAAUCCGUACGCGGGAUCGUUUGUCUUGAUAAUUUUGAAACCCCAUGGGAUGCAGAUACAGCCGCUGUCGAGAUAUUGCUUUCGGAGAUUGCAUCCACACCUUCGCUUGCUCUCUUGAUCACAAGCCGGGUGACCGAUACGCCUCUCAUCGGGUGGUCUUUCCCACCCCUGAAACCCAUCGCACCCUUCUCUUUUGACGCUGCUGUGCGGACUUGGGACACCAUUUGCACAGGGUACGACGAGUAUGCCGUCCGAAUCGUUCAAGCGGUGGAUUGCAUGCCUCUGGCGGUCACCCUCUUAGCGCGCCUUGCCAGAAGCGAAACCACGAAGUCCAUCUGGGAACGCUGGGAGCGUGAGCGUAUCGACAUGAUCCAGUUCCGAGGCAUAAGACAUCGUCUGAACAAUGUCGGUGUAUCCAUUGAGAUAUCUCUUCGUGCGCUUGAAUACAGAGAGGCCGUCGACGUCCUCACUAUACUCUGCAUGUAUGCAGACGGCGUGGGUGGAAAUUUGUUCCCGAGACUGGACGAUGCUUUCAAGGGCCGUCUCUCAUUUAGACACGCCAUAAAGCAUCUGACGCAAUCUUCACUGGUGUACACGUACGGCGGUCAUCCUCGGCUUCUCGAUCCUGAGUACCAACACUUCAACGUUCUUUCACCUAUCCGCCAUCACAUGUUGAAACAUCACCCCAUCUCGGACGAGCUCUUCAUGAUUCUGAUCGACUAUAUGUUGCACCUCAAGGGAAUCGGAGACUGGGAUCAAGUGUUCAAACUUGGCUUAGACCGUCAAGGAACAUGCCGCGAGCGUUGUCUGCAGGUCUUGAGGUCUUCCUCUUACUUGACGAGGAACCUUGAGGUUGUGUCCGAGGCAAUUAGAGAGUCGGAGGCUUAUGCGCGAGAGCCGUUCAUACUGGCAGAGUUGUACAGACGCUACGCCUUUGUGGCACUUUACUAUGUGCGAACGGGUUAUGCGAGAGCGCUCCCCUUUCUCUCAAGAGCUAUCGAGCUUGAUGAGCGGCUGAAUGAUGACGAGCAGCUAUUCUUCGACUGGUGCGACUGGAUCAUCAUCUUCCUAAACCAUUUCGCCGAGUACGAAGAUGAAAAGAAGCACCUUGAAGAGGUACAGAGUCGCAUUCGAAAAACUUGGGCUUUGGGGCUUGACGAGCGUCAACGAUGGCGCCGAGGGUGGCGCGGGUUUUUGCGUCUGGCAGAGGCACAGCACGAUCUCAACAAGAGACGGCGCAAUUUGGACAUGCCUAUCGACCACCGUAGCUGUCUCUACUUGGGAAAUGAUUCAACUUGUGCGCUUGUAUACGAGCCACCACUCUAUACCGAGCUCACGGCAAAAGGGCUCUACCCUCCAUGGGACUUCUCCCUGAUUCUCGACGAGCUCAAAGGAUGGGACACCGUGGACUCUAGAGCCGCAAAGAAGAUAUACGGAUGGUGA